GUCGAUGCAGUCUGCUUGGCAGGGCCCCAUGCAGCCUGUGCGCGAGGCAGCGUUGAGGUCCCAGGCUGUGCGAGGUUACCACGGGCCACGGAUACAGCUGCAAAGGCCUUGCGGAAGGGCGAGCGAAGGCGGCAGGGCGGUUUCUGCCGAGCUGAGCGCGGCUUUGGCCGUGGGUGCGGCAAGCCGGCGUUGGCGGCGGCCAGAAAGGCGGCAGCAUUCCACUGUGGUGACGCUGGCCACUGCGACGCUGGCCCCAGAGGCUCCCACUGAGAUUCUGCGGAAGGACUAUACCAUUCCGAAUUAUUGGAUUCGGCAAGUGGAACUCACCGUGCGCAUUUUCGAAGGCCGCACUGAGGUGCUAACCAAGAUGCGGGUGGAGGAGGGCGGCGGCGGCGAUUUCCCGCUGGACGGGGAGGACCUGACGCUGAAAAAGGUCAGGGUGGGCGAGGAAGCUCUGGAGGAGGGAAAGGACUACACUGUCGAGAAGAAUAAAUUGAUCAUCAAAAAAGGAUCGUUCAAGUCAGGUGACUGGAUAGAGACAGAGGUGGAGAUCGAGCCAGAGAAGAAUACCCAGCUGUCAGGCUUGUAUUACAGUGGAAGUAUGUACUGCACUCAGAUGGAAGCAGAAGGCUUCCGACGCUUCACCUACUUUGUAGACCGGCCUGACAACAUGGCCGCGUUUACGUCAGUUCGACUGGAAGCAGACAAGGCGAGGUGCCCCAUCCUGCUGAGCAAUGGCAACCUGGUGGAGUCCGGGGAACUGGAAGAAGGACGCCACUUUGCGGUGUGGAGCGAUCCUUUCGACAAGCCCUCAUACCUCUUCGCCAUCGUUGCUGGUGACCUUGCAUCCAUCAAGGACAAGUACGUGACCAAAUCUGGGCGGGAGGUUCAUUUAGAGAUCUUUGCGGCGGAGGAGGACAAAGACCAAUUGUGGCAUGCCAUGAGGUCCCUGCAGAAUGCCAUGAAGUGGGACGAGGAUCGCUUUGGCCUGGAGUAUGAUCUCGACAUCUACAACAUCGUCGCUGUCAAGGACUUCAACAUGGGUGCCAUGGAGAACAAGAGCUUGAACGUUUUCAACACGUCGCUGACCUUGGCUAGGGAAGACACAGCCACCGACGAUGACUACGAGCGAAUCGAGGGUGUGAUCGGCCACGAGUACUUCCACAACUGGACUGGCAAUCGGGUGACCUGCCGAGACUGGUUCCAACUCACCCUGAAGGAGGGGCUCACGGUGUACCGGGACCAGGAGUUCUCGGCGGACAUGGGCUCGAGAGCCCGGAAGCGCAUCGAGGACGUGCGGAUCCUGCGGGCGGCCCAGUUCCCGGAGGACGCCUCGCCCAUGGCGCACCCCAUCCGCCCGGAGAAGUAUGCGGCCAUCGACAACUUCUACACCGCCACGGUCUACAACAAGGGGGCAGAGGUGAUCCGCAUGUACGAGACGCUGCUGGGGCGCAGCGGCUUCCGGAAGGGGAUGGACAGGUACUUCGAGCUCCACGACGGGAAGGCGGUGACCUGCGAUGACUUCCGGCAGGCGAUGCAGGAGGCCAGUGGCCAGGACUUGUCGCAGUUUGAGCGGUGGUACCUGCAAGCUGGGACCCCCACGGUUACGGCCACAGACUCGUGGGAUGGCAGUCAUUACACUCUGACGCUUUCGCAGUCGGUGCCUGAUACGCCGGGGCAGACAGAGAAGUUGCCCAUGCACAUUCCGGUCAGAGUGGGGCUUUUGGUCCGCGGCUCCGGCAAGGAGCUCUUGUCUGACAUCGUCCUGGAGCUCACGGAGGCCUCGGCGAGCUUCAGGCUGAAUGUGACGCCCGGCCCGAGUGGGGCCCCGAAGCCCGUGCCCUCGCUGCUGCGGGACUUCUCCGCCCCGGUGAAGCUGGAGUAUGACUACAGCGACGAGGAGCUCUCGCUGCUCGCCGCCUUCGACACCGACUCAUUCAACCGCUGGGAAGCCAUGCAGAGACUCGGGACCAAGGCAGUCUUGGGUGCACUGGAGGGAGACAUUGAAUCCUUCCAGCCUGAUGCUGCCUUCAUGGAUGCCAUGCGGAGAACUGUAAAUGACCGUGAGACGGAGGACUUGUCCUUGAUUGCCUAUGCCCUGAUCUUGCCAGCGGAGUCCACGCUCAUGCAGAUCGCCAAGCCCCCCAUCGAUCCGACACGGGUUCACGCGGCACGGAACCGCGUGAGGAAUGUCAUUGCCACGGAGCUUGGCAAAGAGCUCCGGGCGAGAUACCAGGAGCUGACGCCCGCAGAUGACGAGCCGUAUGUCGUUGAUGGUGCCAGUGCCAGCAAGAGACGGCUGCGCAACGUUCUCCUCGGCUACCUUUCGACAUCAGGGGAUGCUGAAGCGGCUGCCUUGUGCGGCGAGCACUUCCAAAGCGCCAAAGGGAUGACUGACAAGCUGGCUGCGUUCAGCUGCUUGUGCUCCAUGCCGGACACAAAAGAGGCCAAAGACGCCGCAGAGAAGUUCUUGGCAGACGCCAAGGGCGAUGCAAACGUCGUCGACAAGUGGUUCGCGUCGCAGGCGCGGGCCGACGUGGACGAUUUGAUGCCGCGGGUGAAGAAGCUCAUGGAGCACCCCGAGUUCUCCCUGAAGAACCCGAACCGCUUGCGCUCCGUGGUGAGCGUCUUCAUCAUGUCGCCGCAGUUCCACCUGCCGGACGGGUCGGGCUAUGACUUCGCCCUGGAGAUCAUCCCCAAGGUCGACGCCCUGAACCCCCAGGUGGCCGCCAGAAUGGCCAACGGCGCCUUCAGGACCUGGCGCCUUUUCGACGAGAAGCGGCAGAAGAUGAUCCUCGAGCGCUUGGCCAAGCUCAGUCAGGCUGGCCUCUCGAAGGAUGCCGCGGAGAUCGUGUCCAAAAUGCAGAUGUUUCUUGUUUUUGUGGUAGAUCUGCGCCACAACAUCUUUUGCCGUCUGGUGGUUGGUCGGAUGGCGCUGCAACCCUCCGGGGUCCCGAAGUGGCCCUCCCACAGCCCUCCGAGAGGUGAAAGCCUUCAGAAGCCUCAAGCAGGCUUCUCCAAGGUCUCGCCGGUUCGAGCAGUAGCUGCUCAUGGGUCCACACUCCUGGCUUGUGCCUGUGUGGCCGCCCGUGCCACUGCGCGGAAAGCGAGCCGUGGCGAGCGCAUUCGGCAGAAGCGGCGGGUGACACGACCGGCCGGUCUCUUGGGGAACAUCAAGGAUUUCUUCGCCAAGAACCUCGGCGAAGGAGGUGCAGAGAACAAUCCGAGCGCAAAAAUCCGUGUCAGCUCGAAUAUGUCGAUAGGGCAGCCGUUCUGCGGCGAGUAUCAGGAACAAGCGCAGAAAGUCCACGACAGGGCAGUUUACAGAAAGCUCGGCCUUCCAGCCAACAGCCAGGCCGUGUACUUGUUGUACAACGAAGCCAAGCAGUGGGCCUUCACGCCUCAUGCGGAUGGACGCCCAGACGGCUGGGCCUUCGUAGCGGACGCCGCCACGGAGCCCACGGCCAUCGCGGGCACCUUUAGCAUCUGGGAUGGCUCGGACUGGGUGCCAGACACCACCUUGAAGCUGCUUGCUCCAGGGCAGCAGGUUGCCGACUCGGUACCGGAGGUUGCCAAUCAACCAUCAGGCUUGCAGGAUGUAGAGAGCCAGGCAGAAGAAGUGGUGCAGCCGGUGGUUGCAGCGCAGUCCACUCUGCCGGAGGAGGUCAAAGACCUGAGUUUCCUCCACUGGAAGAGCCACUGGAAUGCCUCUCAGCGAUGUCUCAUCAAUUGGCCAGAGGGUCCGCCUGAGUUGGAGAAGAAGCCGCUUCCGCUCCAUCCCGGAGUGCGCCGCGGAGUGCUGCCCAACGGGCUGCGCUAUGUGGUCUUGCGCAACGCGAUGCCUCCAAAGCGCUUUGAGGCCCACAUCGAGUUGCACGUCGGCAGCAUUGACGAGGACCCAGACGAGCAGGGCAUUGCUCACAUGAUGGAGCAUGUUUGCUUUCUGGGCAGCCGCAAACGCGAGAGGCUGAUUGGUACCGGUUCUCGCUCCAAUGCGCUGACAGACUUCCAGCACACCAUCUAUCAUAUCCACGCUCCCGUGCAGUUGGAAGACGGUCGCGGCAUGUACAUUCCAUCCCUGGAGGCCCUCCACGAGAUCGCCUUCGCCCCAGAGAUGCUGCCGCACCGCAUCGAGAAGGAGCGCAAGGCGGUCCUCGCGGAGAUGCAGCAGGUGAAUGACAUGGAAUACCGCAUCGAGACCUGGACGCUGUCGGGCCUGCACGAGACCAACAAGCUGGGCUCGCAGUUCCCCAUCGGCAAGGAGGAGCAAAUCAAAGCCUGGCAGCAGAAGGACCUCAUUAACUUUCACAAGAAGUGGUACUAUCCAGGCAACGCCACCCUCUAUGUUGUGGGAGACCUGGACGAGUCGGAAAUGAUUGCAGGCAUCAAGAAGGUGUUUGAGCCAGCCACUGCCAGACACAUGCCUUCGCCGGACACGGCCAUCAUGGACCCUGUCUGGGGUGAGGCUUCUGCAGAUCCGCGCUCCUUGUUCCGACGGAAGAUCGCGCGCCCCCGACCGGAGCAGCUCCACAAUUUCAGCUUGCCGAUGAUUGGCUCUUACGAUGCCUUCACCGAGGCUGCAGCAUUUGAUGCAUCCAGCGGCGGCAAGCCCUGGCACGGACCGCUGCGCAUCUUCAGAAAUGAGCUCCUGGAGGGCUUGCAGCUGAACUUCUAUGCCAAGACUCCGGUGCGGCCGCUGCGCAGCUACGAGGACAUCCGGAACCUGGUCGCAGUACGCAUCCUUGUGGGUGUUCUGCAGUUCCGCAUCGUGUCGCGGUACAGCUCCAACCACGCCCCGGUGCAGAUCGACCACAGCGACUCCUUCCGUGAGGGCUGCGCCGUGACCUCCAUCACGGUGAACGCAGAUCCGCGCGACUGGCGAAAUGCCUUGGCCUGCGUGAUCCAGGAGAUCCGAGCGAUUUGCGACUAUGGCAUCACGGAAAGCGAGAUGAAGCGCUACAUGGAUGCCAUGCUGAAGGAUGUGCAGAAGGGAGUGCAGGAAAACGACACGGUGCCGUCUGAGGACCAUUUGAACUUCAUCAUGACGAGUGACGUCUUUGACCACGUUGUCAUGCAUCCUGAGCAGUCGUACUCUGCAUUCAAGGAGGUUGCCCCGACAGUCACUAUGAAGCAGGUCCAUGAGACCGCCAAGUGGAUGCUGGGCUUUAUCGGCUACUACGGCUUGGCGGCUGCGCCACCGGUCACAUCCAUUGUGGUGUGCACUCCCACACAGGUGUACGAGGAGCACUCUGGAAAGUGGGUUCCCUUCAGCAUCACGGAGCAGGAGAUUGUUGAGCUGCUCCUCUCGGUGCCGGACAAGACCAAGGAGGAGGCCUUGAAUCAGGUUGAUGUACCUGAAAACCUCCUCUCAGGAGAGAAGCUUGAGAAGCUCCUGCCGCCGAGCCCGAUUGAUGCCAUGACGGCGUGGCGAGCAGCUUCCCGCAAGGUGGACGAUCGAACCGGCAUUGUCCAGCUCAUGCUGCCGAACGGUGCAAGGGUAAACUACGCCUGCACUCCAAAUGAGUCUCAAGGGACGAUGAGGAUUUUGGUCCCGGGGGGUCGUUCUUCGGACGACGCGGACGAGCUUGGCUCUGCCAUGGUUGGCAUCAGGACAAUCUCUGAAUCUGGGGCUGUCAGCGACUUCUCGCGCGAGCAGAUCGAGCUCUUUGCGGUGUCAAAUUUGAUGAGCGUUCAUCUAGAUCUGAACCUGGAGUUCUCCUAUAUUGAUGCGAACUUCACCAACACAACUGGCGGUCUCAACGCUGUGUUGGAGCUUCUGCAUCUCCUCUUCCAGGAGCCACGCUGGGAAGUCCCCGCAUUUGUCCGGGCGCAGCAGGCUUACAAGGCUCAAGCCUACGCAGUGCAGAAGUCUUUGGAGCAGAGCACCAUGGAUCGUUUGAUGCGCAUGAUGUAUGAUGAUCCUCGUGUUUCAGAAGCCCAAGUGGAAGCCCUGAACAAGCUCACUCUGGCGAAGGUGCGAAGAGCUGUGAGCGGGCAGCUGAGACCACAGGACCUGGAAAUCAAUCUUGUGGCCGACUUUGAGGGCAGAGGGCACAGCAAGAUGGCAGGUGUCGAGGGCGGCCUCAGCACCGGAAAGCAUCGCGAGGAAGGUGAGCCCGACUUGGAGGAGGUUGAGCUGCCCGAAGCGGCGAAGCAGAGGAGGUUCCAAGAGCUGGACGAGGCUCUGUGGAAGUACCUCGGCCUGCUGCCGGCCAGUGAUGCGCAGCAGGUGAACUUGGACAGGCCGCCGCAGAUCAACCAGGGAGAGGAGCUGUCUCCGGAAGAUAGGCAACGUACUGCCCAUUUGGAGGACAGCGAUGAGCGCGCUGUGGCGAACAUCGGCGGUGGGGCACCCAACCGCUGGGGUCUUGGCGACAACUACCACAAGGAGAUCAUGACCAAAAAGAAGUUCUCCUGGGACACACCCAACUCGAAGCUCAAGGAUCAUCCGCUUUAUCCUUCCACAUGCUUGCUGGCGAUGCGAGAGGUCAUCAACACGCGGCUGUUCUCCACCGUUCGGGACUCCCUGGGCCUCUCCUACGACUGCAGUUUCGACCUGUCGCUCUUUGACCGCUUGGAGGCCGGAUGGCACAGCUGCACGGUGAGUGCGCAUCCGUCAAGGAUCAUGGAGGCCGUGAAUGCAGCCAAGGGAGUGCUGCAAGGUGUCAAGAGACGUCCCAUAUCUGAGUUGGAGCUCUCGACAGCCAGAAGGACCUUGCUGCGACGGCAUGAGACUGAUCUCCAGAGCAAUGAGUACUGGAUUUCCCUUCUCACCCACCUGCAGUAUGAUAAUCCAAAGGAUAUCAGCUGCGUGGGAGACAUUGAAAUGAUGUUGAAUGCCUUGACUUGGAGAGACGUGCAGAAUGCAUACUUGACGCUCCUGACUGAAAGCGAGCAGCUCUUUGUGUCAGUGAGCACGGCCGGACCUGGCUCCAGUUUUGUCUCCGGAGGCUCCGCCCCGACGGCGGUGUCCACUCGAGCCCUGAGCGAGGUAAUGGUCGACUAG